AUGCAGAAGUACCUCAGCGACGUUAGCCAUUUUCACCAUAUCAUCCAUGCUCCCUCCAUGGGAGGCUUAAUAGAUGCAACUUAUAAUGGACUUGAGCAAGGUAACAGGGUCGACAUUGGUGCUAUCCUGCUGCUGCUGAGCAUUUGUGCCUCCACGACAUAUGCUUGGACCAAGUUCGAUGACUCGAGAUGCCUCUUUGCCAAUUCUGCUGAAGCGAAUUCACAGGCAACCUCGUGGCUAAAGACUUCUCUUGACGUUGCUGAUCACGCACAUCGCAUUGCCCACAUUUCCGUCGAGUGCAUCCAAGGCAUGAUCAUUAUGUUUUAUGCCCUGUGCAGUUUCGAAGGGGUAUCAUCUCGGGCUCGAUCUCUGGUGGCGAGAUCCAUUGCCAUGGGUCGUGAACUGGCCCUGCAUCGCAUCGACUACUCUCCCAAUGGCUCUUCCGGCGAGGUUGCAGGAACGGACACGGUCAAAACCGAAAUCAGUCGUCGCGUUUGGUGGUUCUUGACGGCAACGGAUUGGAUGCUUGCUCAAUUUUCUGUACCGCAGGAAGGAACUUACACAAUACACCCAAACCAUAUGGCUGUUAGGAAACCACGAAAUGUAAAUGACGAGGAGAUCGGCAGUGGCAGUGAAGCCCCUGAUCACGACACUGAGGAGCCGACUUGCGUCUCGUACUUCCUACAGCGUAUACGACUAGCUGAAGUUUGCCAUGACCUUCUUGACAGAUCACCAUUUAUUCUCCUUAGCCCAGAGACGUCGGAUUAUCGCAAAGUAAAGGAGGUCGAUGCCAAGUUCAAACAGUUCAUUUCUGACAUGCCGUCCUUCUUUUCGAUGCGCAGUACAUCCCUCAAAGAUCUCCCACUUGAUGACUCAAGAUGCUCACGAAACAUCACACUGCAGCGGUACACGCUGAAUUUACUCCUGCAACGACAGCUCUGCAAGUUGCAUCUACCAUAUCUCGCCCGAGGCGCGGUGGAACCAUCAUUUGCGUACUCACGGGAGAUGUGUUUGAAAUCGGCCAGGAUGAUCAUUCAAGUAGAACAUCAACUGAGGAAGGAAAAUCUGGCUUAUGUGUCAGUCCGGCAAAGGAUGAACAUCGUGCUCCGGAGCGUCUUCAUUGCGACGAUUGCCUUGGUCCUCAAUGCUUGUUUAGGAGGUGAUGGAGAUGAUAGUACGCCUAGCGGAGAAGAAGUCGCGGAUGCCUGGAGGAUACUAGAGGAGGCGAGAGACCAAUCACCGGUGGCGUCGAAACUUCUCGAGUUGUCCUUACAAGUGCUGAAGAAGCAUCGCGGAAGUCACCCGGCACUAGAUGCAGUGAAGGAUCAUGCCGCUGCAAAAGGCCGGUCACUAGCCUCGUCUCCUCCAAUGACCCCGGAUUCGGGUCAUCGAAAUGAUGGAACGAAUGGGAUGGUACCACCGCAAACGAACAUCGAGUCAGAAACCGCGUACCUUGAGCAGCAAUGGCAAGUUCUUCAAGGAAGAAUGGAUCUGGAUGCUAUCGACUGGGACAGACUGUUCUGGGGUCUAGAUUCGCCUUUCAUCUAG